AUGGCGACAAUCAUGGAAAAUAAACCUGACCGCAGCGCUGAGGCCACCGCCGGGCCUAUAGACAUGGAGCAGAUCUCUCAAAAUAUACAAAUACUGCCCGAAGCCACCCUAGACAAAAUCGCCAAGGGCCCUCUGGUGAAUUUCACCCUUACAUGCGAUGAUAUUGAAAAAGUAACGAGAGUUUUCAAUUCGCUAUUGCAGACAUAUAGCUCAGCAGUCAUUUCUCAUGCCCAUACCACAGCUGCAUGCAAUGCACUGAGCGCAUUUCUUGACGCGGCUUUUGUCUCACAAUAUGAAGGGACUCGACUUCUAGCCCGAUCUCAGCAGACUUUAGUCCCGGUCUUUGACAGUUUCUUGGCUCGAUUCAAAGACGUAAAGCCCAGGCCUAUGAAACAGGUCCUAGAGUCACUUGCAACGAUCAUCGCGAAGUCUAGUAAUGAGCCUGGAUGUGAUGCCAUCAAGAAAGAGUUCGUGGAUGCUGUCCUUCCUGCCAUUAUACUUGGCGAACCUCGGUCUCGAAUCAAAGCCUCCAUCAACGCCUUAGAGGCAUUAUUGCGCAAGAAUGCCAUCUCAUCAAUAGAGUUAAUCACCCUGAUAGAUACUUGGCUUAUGCGCAAUCCAGAACACUGGCCAUCCGUGCUUCGGGAAGAAUGCCGGACAUCCGCAAUAGACAUCUCUCGAUUUUUGCAAAGAUCCUCCGAGAACGCAGUCUCAGACGUCCAGUCCGGUGAAACGGCUGUUCAAAUCCUUGUUCUAGGCUUUUUGAACCGCUCAAAGUCCCAUGACCUGGCAGCAUCAUCCGGAGAAGUAAUGACCAUGUUCUUUCGGAAGUUGGAACAGAAACUGGAUUCUGCCCCGCUGGGUGAAGGUAAAGAGCGCCUCGCUUUGGCCUGGGUCACGCCAAUCAAAUGUUUUCUGUUGCAAAACUUUGAGAUGCUAGAGAAGCUAUCUAACUAUAUACUUCUGCGCUUAUUUGGGCUCGGCGCAAAUGGCUUCCGCUGCUUUCUAGAAACGUUGCCGUUGAACAAUCUCCUUUCUGGUGACAUGGGAAGCUGCUCGUUAAAUGAAUUAACCCUUCUAUUCGAAUGUCUACAGAUAGGGAAGAAGACUGGUUUAGUCCAUGACGACUAUUACUUCACGAAAUUUCAAACACAGGAAGAGCCGCCGCUGGUCUUGAAAAGUGAAUUCAUUGGCCAAUUUCUUUUCCAUCAUGAUUUUAGUAUCAAGAUGGCAGCCCUUUCUUUGCUAAUCACGGCGCCAUCUACUACGAAACCACUCUCCUCGGCUGCUAUUAGGGUUAUCAUAAAAAGCUUGCCAUCUCUCCACGCAGAGUCUGACCCCUGCACAAGGGGAGAAAUUCUGAGCAUGGUUCGUGGGUUGAUUGUACGAUUGAAGGGCGGCAUUCUUGCAGAUAUAGAGAAUCCAGUUGAGCCCCGUACUACAUUAAGCAAGAAACAGCCGAUCGUAUUCAUCAGAGAUGAUGUUGAAACCCGGUCAUGCUUGGAAAACUAUUUGAACUUCUUGGCGGCGGACCUACGAACCACUGCUUCUUACCAUCGGCAUAUCAUGGCUCUGAAGACCAUAUACCUUCUUGUCGAAUCUGGCCUGGAUGAACGUCACAUUGGCGCCAUGUCAAGCAAACCUGAACACCGCCAAAUAAGGUGGAGAUUCCAUAUGGAGAUUUUCGGACCCGCGCUUCAAAGAUUGUUGGUUGACCUUUUGAUGGAUCCGUAUGACGAAGUACGGGGAAUGGCUCUUAACCUCUUGAAGCUAUUUCCGAGACAAGUACUUCUUCAUGCCACUGGAGCUAACAGGGACAAACCGGAACUGAUAAUCGCCGUGGCCAAGGCAGAAAUGUUGGCAAGCAACACUAGUCGGGCUGAUCACGCCGACACCGUUGCCCGGUUAUAUCAGUUGAUUUUCUAUACAGCAGAUGCAAACGAUCCGAAAGAAACUGACUGGUGGAACACUAAGCAGGGGGUUGUUAAAUUGAUCCUAAGGAAACUUGAGGACAAAUUAUCCUCUGUGGAGGGACUUUUCAGCUCCUCCCUUCGCGACGCACCCCUUCACGGCUAUCUUUGCGCGUUACGAUACAUUAUUUCGUCCCCGAAAUUCUAUUUGUUGGUCUCCUACAAAGGAGCUGAUAGUCCUGAGAACUGGAAAUCAAUCCAUACAAGGAUCUCAUCGAUUCGCGAUAGAAUAUGGGAGGAAGUGAAGCCUCAGCUAUGCAUUGACUCCCCUGAAGGCCAUGCCGCUGAGCCUAUUGAAGAUCUCAAAGUCGGCCCCAAGGACAUUCUUUCUUACUCGUGGCGUGCAUUACGAGAGUCUAGUCUGCUUGUGCAUGCAACACUGUCCAAUCAGACCUAUGGACCAGAAGGCGAAGCUGGCUUAACAAGAAGCGAUUACGAGAAAAUAGGGAGAAGCAGUUUCACACAACUUGCAGAACUUCGCCACCGAGGUGCUUUCUCUACAGUGGCUCAAACGUUCUCGACUUGCUGUCAGCGGUGCGGUCAAUCAAGUAACCCCGAAAUUGCUGCGCUCCCAGCACUUUGGUAUCAGGAAGCGAAGAAAAUUAUUUUCGAGAAAGCUUCAAAGCUCACCCGCCGUUCAGCUGGUCUACCAGCUCUAGUUGGAGGAAUAUUGCUUUCAAACCCAGGCGGCCCAUUGUUCAAACAAGUCCUCCAAGAGCUUCAAAACGUUGCUCACCUACCAGCUCAGCUUGGAGCUGAGAAUCAAACUGUGGAGCUGCCUCAAGUUCACGCCAUGAAUUGUCUCCGAGAGGUAAUCAACAACGCCAGACUUGGACCUCACACGGAAGGCUUCCUCAUGCCUGUGCUGAACCUCUCAGCAGAGCGCAUGGGAUCUCCAAUCUGGGCGCUUCGUAACGCUGGCCUGAUGCUCUUCCGUGCCUUGAUGAACCGCAUGUGCCGUAACGACUUCCAAGGAUUUGGCGGCAAAUCCGGAUCUGAACCUGGAUCGAGGAUCUCAUUCCAGAAAUACCCUGGCCUUGUGCAGUUAUUAUCCAACUUAUUGGCGCCACCGCAGACAGACGGCGAGGGAGGACAAGCCGAUAGCACUAUGAUGACCGAGCGAGUAUUCCCAGCUUUGGAACUGAUUGCCGAAAAGAUCCCGAACCCUACAGAUACAGAUGAUCCUAUGCUACUUGCACUGAUCCGGGAGCAUCUGAAAAGUCCUGUUUGGGGUAUUCGCGAGCACGCAGCGCGUGUUUAUACUUCGUUGUUGGAGCGUUCAAAUAUAUUAGAUGAGAUACAGGUGCUUCUUAAAGCACGCGAUACUGAGACCCAGAAUUACCUCCAUGGCGAAUCUCUGUGCAUCAGAUAUUCGCUUCGUCGUUUUGCAUUCGCACCUUCAGCCUUUUGGAAUGAGCGCAUUGGAGACGUCAAGUCAACUAUAAAGUCCAUCUUUGCGGAAUCAUAUACUGUCUCUAAAUCACCAUUCGUGCAAAUAACUUUGUUAGAGAUGAUAAGUGACGCCGUUGAAAGGAGCCUGGAGUCGGGUGCCGAAGGGGAAAUGACUGACCUUCUGGACUUUAUUUUCGACACUUACGAGAUUCCCGAAACCGUGGACUUCGUGUUUGAUUCGAGCAACCCGUCAUUUACUACCCUAAGCACGACCCGCGCCUUUUCUCUUCUUCGCAGAGAGCUCGCUUGGGUUGCAGUUUUGAGGGCACUUACGAAGGGUGAUACCAAGGACCUGGAGAGAUUUGUGCAGAAAGUCGCUACAUUCGACCCGAACGCCUGCCAAUGGAUACUCGAAAACCUCCACGAGCUACUUGGUGCCAAUAAUGGAUAUACCGAGCCAUUGACCAAGCUCUACACUUCGCUUAUACGUGAAAAUGUUCCCUUGGAAGUCAAGACACCUGCUAUUUCGAAUCUUGCGUCCUACGUCCAGGUCGCUCUUGGAUCGGAGCACACGGCGCUUCAGACAUCUGCGUUACCAUGGGAAGAUCUAGCUGCGCAAGUUAAGCUUGGCUCAGCCGAGAAAGGGUUCAAUAGAGAUAGAGCAGACGCAGACUUACAAUUGGAGGGGUGCCUUGUCGGCUCGAAAUCUCUCACACCGGAACAGCAGCUUUCGGGAACAGAGAUCCAGGAGUGGGCUACACGGCUGCGGUUCGCAUUGGCUGAAGAAACGGAAUUCUCCACUCGUUAUGCAGCCGCGACAUCCAUUGCUGCAUUCGCUCGGGCAUAUCGCCCGCUGGGAACACCACCACAAACAGAUAAAGUGUUCCUAGACAUAUACCUGAGUCUGUAUGAUCUACUGAAUGAUGACGACGAGGAGCUUCGUGAUAUCGCUGCUUCGACAGCCUCAUGGGUCCUCUCGUACUCUUCAGUCUCCCCUCAAAAGGCAGUCACACUGUCGCCAUUGAACGCAAGCGAACUCUUCGCCAAAUUUAUCACAGAUAACUACGCGGAUUCGCAGCUUCUUUAUACCAGAGCUAUCAGGUACAUUCUAGGUUUGGAGCCACGGAUCGGCGACUCCAGCAACAAAGCGUGCCCCAUGUCUGUUUCCAGGAUUAUUGUCGAGCUUAGGAAGGAGAGCACUGUUCUUUUUGAGGAGGAGAAACAAAACCUGUUCAUUGAGGAAACCCGCGAGAUAGAUUUGUGGUCGAGUGUAGUGACUCGAUUAACGAAGGCGGCGUAUGAUAAACAACUAUUGAAGGAAGUCUUCGACUGGGUUUCUGAAGGACUGACGAGUUUUGCGGAUACCCUUGCGGGCCCUGCUGGGGAGGAUGGAUUAAUAGGCUGGACGGCGAAGCCAGAGUCAUAUACCCUUGGAGUGCGCGUUGUUAGUCUUGCGGGUCUGUUGACCUCGAAGGAGCUCAGCGCUCUUGGUCUUUUGGGUGACUCUCAGUUUGUCAUCAAGGAGAAGCUGGAAACGUUGCUGGAGCAUGGGAAGACUGGUUUGCUUCAUGCUGAUCUUUUGUCAAGGAUCGAGGUUGCUUUGGGUUGUUCAUAG